CUUUGGCUGUCGCGUCGUCUUCGCAGUUUUUAUUCGCUGGGACAUCUUCCGGAGCAAUCCGCGCAUUCGACUGGCCCACGAUCGCGGCUGAAGAUGGAUCUUUGCGCGACUAUUAUGAAUUUCCAGCUCACGCUGGUAACAUAAUCGCACUUCGCAUCGCGGCUGAGGACUCUCUCUUGCUUUCAGCAGGAGAUGAUGGUGUUGUCUUUGUGUUCAUGGUGCAUUCCAACAUGGAAAAACAGAGCAUGCCGAACAAGACUUUCGAUGUGAGCUUGGAAGAGUUAGAAGAAAACGCUAAUGCAGUUGCAGAAAUGACAAAGCGCUUGGAAAAUCAGAGGAGUGAAAAUGACUUUGCACUCCAUAGGAAGGAUUUGGAUUGGGAAGCAGAAUUAAAGCAUGCACAGGACGAACGUGAGGGUUUGCUAGCCGCCGAGCGGGUUCGUUUUGAAGAGCUGCAAGAUAGGCACGAAAAAAGUAUGCGUGAAUAUCGUGCAGACGCAGCACGCAAGGGCUCGCACCACAUCCAAGUUACUCAUGAGCUAGAAAAUCAAUAUGAGCAUAAACUGGCACUAGAAAUGGAGCGGUACGAUAGGCUUUCAGAAGAAAUAGAAGCAAUUCAGCAGCGUUGCGAAGGACUGUUGGAGGCACAGCAGAGGGAACAUGAAACAGCCAUUCGCAAUGCAGAGGGGCGCACAAAGCGGGUCGAGAAAGAACUCCGGCAGCAGAUAGAUCGCCUCCACGAAGAUGCGAAGCACAAUGAACAGAUGUUUCGAGAGGUGAUUCGACGUUGCAAAGUCCUCGACCAACAGGAACAUGAAUACGAAACAGAAUUGCAGCAACUCAUGGCUGCGGCCCAGGCUGAGUUGACAGCGGAACGUGAAAAUACAGCAGAGGCAAGAGGUUUGGUUCAAACAAGAAAUACCAAGAUCUCGCGGCUGGAAAAAAGAAUGGAUGAAUUGAAAACCUCAAGCCAUGCGCGAAAUGUUCUAUUGACUGCAGAGAAAGUCCGCAACGCANAACUAGAAGCCACAUUGCGCCAUUUCAAGCGCCACAUGGAGGAACGUGAGUCAACGCUGGAAGACAAGGAGCUAUCUAUNUUGCGCCUGCGGCGGAAAAAUGUCACCCUUGACAACUUUCGUUUCGUUCUUGAUCAUCGGGUACAGCAGCUGAUGGAGGAACAUGAGUCGAAACUAGGGGCGUCCGCCAUGAGCGCCGCCAGAGUGGGGGUUGUGCAAGGCACACGUGUGACCUUCCCUGCCCUCUGA